CCCCAAGAUCGUCCACACCUCCCAGUGUAUGCUUUCCCUUCUCCCAUCCGGGCGGGAAAAGGAGCGAGGGCGGGAGAAGGGAGAAUGACGACGACGAUGGCCCUAACGCUUCCUUCCGCCGCUUCCUUCUACUCCGUCUGCUUCUCCUCCCAGUCCGCUACCGCCCUCCGCUACCUCCUGCGGUCCCCCGGGCUCCUCAACCCCUUUCUUCGACAUCAGAGCACGAUCUUCCUCCCUGCACCGUCCUCGUCUCCUGCGACUCUUCUUGGUCGUUUCGUUCUUAGGGCGCGGAUUGCUCCGGAGACGCGGCGGUGUUUCUGCACCAGCGUCUCCACGGAGGAGGCGGCGGUGACGAGCGAUCCGCAGCGGGAAAUUGGCGCGGGGGAGCGGGUCAGGGCGUUCCGGAAGCGCCUCCGGAUCGUCGAUGUGAAGGGCGGGCCGGAUGAAGGAUUGGAUCGGGUGGGACAGCGGCUUUCCGUUCGAGGAUGGGUUCGGACGUGCCGGGUGCAGAGUACCGUCACUUUCAUUGAGGUCAAUGAUGGCUCUUGUCUCUCUAACAUGCAAUGCGUGAUCAACUCUGACGUUCAAGGCUAUGAUCAGACAAUAUCUGGCUUUGUCACAACUGGUGCGUCUGUUUGGGUUGAGGGUGUUUUGGUAGAAAGUCAAGGAUCAAAGCAGAAGGUGGAGCUAAAGGUUGAGAAGCUUGACACAGUUGGUCAAAGUGAUCCAUCCUUUCCUAUUCAAAAGAAGAAGGCAAGUAGAGAAUAUCUGAGAACUAUUGCCCACCUCCGUCCUCGGACAAACACAUUUGGUGCAGUUAUGAGAGUGAGAAAUGCUUUAGCAUAUGCAACUCAUAAAUUUUUCCAAGAAAAUGGCUUUGUCUGGGUUGCCAGCCCAAUAAUCACUGCUUCAGAUUGUGAAGGGGCUGGAGAACAAUUCACUGUAACAACCUUGAUUCCUAGCUCGAGUGAAGGUUCAAAGUCAUCCAUCAUUGAUAUUCCAACAACUAAAGAUGGCCUUGUUGAUUGGUCACAGGAUUUUUUCGGGAAGCCAGCAUUCCUCACAGUAUCAGGCCAGCUCAAUGCAGAAACUUAUGCGUGCGCUUUAUCUGAUGUGUAUACUUUUGGCCCAACAUUUAGGGCGGAAAACUCAAAUACUUCAAGGCAUUUGGCCGAGUUCUGGAUGAUUGAACCAGAACUUGCUUUUGCGGACCUGAAUGAUGAUAUGGCAUGCGCUACUUCCUAUCUCCAGUAUGUAGUGAAGUACAUUCUUGAGAAUUGUAAAGAGGACAUGGAUUUCUUCAAUACCUGGUUUGAGAAAGGAAUCAUCUCCAGAUUGAGUAAUGUGGUUGAAAAGGAUUUUGUGCAGUUGUCAUACACUGAUGCUAUAGAGAUACUGCAGAGGACAAGCAAGAAAUUUGAGUUCCCGGUAAAAUGGGGAUGUGAUCUACAAAGCGAGCACGAACGCUACAUUACUGAAGAGGCUUUUGCAGGGUCUCCUGUCAUAAUCAGAGACUAUCCCAAGGAUAUAAAGGCCUUUUACAUGCGACAAAAUGAUGACCAGAAAACUGUUGCAGCUAUGGAUCUUUUGGUUCCUCGGGUCGGGGAGCUCAUUGGUGGAAGUCAAAGAGAGGAGCGGCUUGAUUUCCUUGAGGGACGUUUGGCUGAGAUGAAACUUAGUAAAGAGAGCUAUUGGUGGUACCUUGAUCUGCGACGUUUUGGUUCAGUCCCCCAUGCGGGUUUCGGAUUGGGUUUUGAAAGGCUAGUACAAUUUGCGACGGGGAUAGACAACAUAAGAGAUACAAUUCCCUUUCCACGCUCACCUGGUUCUGCUGAAUUUUGAGCCCCUCAUUGAUUCGGUAACAGAAAAUUUUGUUUGGUAUGUAAUUGCAAUUUUCUGUACUUUAUUUGAACGUAUUUGUAAUGUAUCUGCCUCCAAUUCUCCAGUGCUGCAAAACCACUCGCUUCACAAUCCUAAACUUGUUUCCUUCA